UUCCCUUUCGAGGGAACGUGAACGCAGCAAGCAAACUGCUUCCUUGUCCCGUUUGGUUCCUGGAUGUUUACAACGGCUCUCCGGCGGAUUCGAGAGAAAUGGAGAUCUUACAGACACCGUUUCGUGCCCUGGGUUGUGUUUAACCUGUCUAAGAAUGAGAAGACCCUGCGGCGGGUGACGGAGCCCUCAGAAGACAAAGUGAUCCCAGAUGAGCAGGUCUCACAGAGCCUCCUGGGGCUCUUCAGAGCCCUCCUCAGGAACAGCGGGGGGCUGCUCCUGGGAGCCCACACGAACUUCCCGCCCCGGUUUCCACUUCACCAGGAGCAGAACGAAGGAGACGUUCUGUUUCAAACUCUGGGAUUCUGCAUCGAGAGGAGGCCCAGUUCUUUAGCCUUUGCAGGAACCGGGGUGUUUGUCACCAGAGGAGCCGUACCCAAAGGAGCAACAGUUGCCAUGUAUCCUGGUACAAUUUAUCAGCCCUACGAGCCCAUCCUCCUUCAGUCCAUCAGAAACCCCUUCGUGUUCCGCUGUAUCGACGGAGUCCUAGUGGAUGGGAAUGACAGAGGCAUCUCCAGGAUGGUGUUCAGGUCGUGCAGUGGCAGGGACAGAAUGGGUCCAUACCUGACGAGUGACGCCAGCUGGCUGACGGACAGUCCGCUCAACCCACUGGCCGUGGGUCAGUACGUCAACAACUGCUCCAACGAAAGGCCCGCCAACGUCUGCUACCAGGAGUACGACGUCCCGGACAGCUUUCCCCUGGAGCUCCGCCAGUAUCUGCCAAACGUCAACUACAGCCAGCACUGUACCCAGAGACCUCUGCGCUGCGUGGUCCUGGUGUCGCUCAGAGACAUCAGAGCAGGAGAGGAACUUUUCUCCAACUACUACACCAUUGUGCGCUGAAAAUAUUCACAUUUUCUUACAAAAAAAAAUAAAGAAAGAAAGAAGUAAAUACAGAACAAAAAAAAAAUGCAACACAAUAAGCAGGCGUCCCGCCAUUUUAUUAAUCCACUGCGAUUUUUAUUUGACCUCACACUCACUUUGUUUUGUGGCACACUGCAAAAAACACACAAAAUAUUACCAAGUAAUUUUGGUUUAGUUUCUUGUGCAAAUAUCGCAGUGCACUUGAACUGAGACAAAACUAAGACAUAAGUAACGUUUAAGCAUCAGGUGAUUGCUCAGAGUCAAUAAUUCAUUAAUACUGAUAUAAACGGAAGAUGAUUUCACUUAAGACAUGGGGAAAAAAUGUCUUGUUAUAAAUUAAAUAAUCUGCCAACAGAAGAAGUACUUUGUCAGCUAUUCGUGUAAAAACAAGCUACUACAUCUUGCUGAAAACUUACUUUGAAGUUAGUUUUGUCUUAUUUCAAGUGUAUUAAUGUAUGUGCACUAGAAACUAGACCGAAAUCACUUGGUAAGAUCUUGUUUCUGAUUAGCACUGGGAGAAGGCAGAGAUCAGUGUUUUUCCACAAAUUAUCUGUCACCUCCCGUGUUGUGACGGUUUCAACAAAUGUUUUUGUCAUAAAAGUCACAUACUGCAGCUUUAAGGUGAAUAUUUAGAUUGUCUAAGUCUAGGUCUGGAUAUUUGUUAGGUUCAUCUACCUAAGCAUUCUGAAACUGAAAAAGAAGAGAGAGACAAGUGAGUUUUAGAUUUACUUGCAAGGAGAACAGACAGGAGCGUGCUUCAGUUGCAAUCUCCUACCAGCUCUAAAACAGCUCCUGUCAGACCCUUUCUUUUAUUUCCUUAGGGCGGUCCUAGUUACAUAGCCUAUUUGGUUAUCUUGAGUUAAUCACAUAGCGUAGCUGCUUCUUCUGUUCUCUUGAGUCACAGAUGUGUUACACCUGCAACCUGCCGUAAAGUAGAGUGCAAAGUUCAGAGUUCAGUACCUGUUUGUUUCCUUCUGUAGAAAUAAUGUAGGAACUGAUGAACUCACAGAACAAUGGAGUUUCUUGUGUAUCCGUGGUCUCAUGGUCUCAUUCCUCUGUCUCUGGUUCAUAUGCUUCGACCCUUAAUCAUCCAUUGUUUAUUCUGCCACGUCAGUUAUCACUCUUCCUGCAGACCAUCUGGUAUCAGCUCCAAAUUUGACACGCUUAGAUGUCUUCCUGCAAGCAUCUCUCAAAAGGCACACAUUCCAGAAGCAAACAGACAUAGAGUAUUUAUAUUUGUAAUUAAUUUACACGUAUGAAUAUUUGAUCACUCGUCAUAAAGUUCAUUUAAAGGGGUUGACGUCACCAAACAACAGUCAGCGGGUUUUGGGUUGAGUUUUGAACUUUGUAGAAAUUUACUGUCGGCCCGCUUUAUCUAUUCCAAAGCAAGUUUCUACGUGUUUGGGACGAUUUUCCUACUGGAACACACUUUUUCCACAUUUUCACCGUCUACAUGUUUAUUGUUUACUUUGGAUGAACUUGUAGACGUUGGGGGCAGACCUUACAUUCUCAUUUGUUCCACCCAAGUCGUGUGAUGCACCAGUAGGAUCAAAAGCAGUGAAACACCCCAACAGCUUAAUGCUACCUACACCAUGCUUGACGGAUAGCAAGGAUUUAUGACACUGUAAGUUGUACCACUGCAUUUAACUGAAAAAGCUGCAUGAAUACAAACCUCAUCAUGGUUUUGCGAACAUUCAAAGUCCAAAUGAGGUGUAGCGUUAAUUACAAUGUUGACUUUAAUUAAAUUAAGUGGAUUUAUUGGAACUUGUUUUAUAUAUAUAUAUAGUUAAACUAAACAUUUGAAUUAAAUAAGUUAAGGGCUUUUUGAGGUAAAAACAUUUUUAAAAUUGAGCUGUGACUGGGACUGGCCAGAGAGGUAUCCCACAGCACAUAAACCAGCUUUAAGAUGCUGAAGGCUCAAAUCUUCAUCUAUGUAGUCUUUAUAAACUAUGUAGUCAGUUUAUAAAGACCGAGCUUACUGUCAAAGCACUUAUUAGGUAUUUUUCAGGACGUAUAUUUGUGAAACUGUACCGCGAGUGAGCAGCUAUAGAUUCAUUUUCAUGACCAUCUCCUUCUAGCUGAGUGUGAGGUCGUGUUUGUUUUUCUGAAAAAAUGGUGGGCAAAAAUAUCAGUGAUUUCUGUCAAAGUUUGAGUAGACAGAAGUAAUAAAAAGCAGAAGGCAAGAGCUGUUUCAGUAAAGAAAUUGUCUUUUAAAGAAUGUGCUUCUGGAAUAAAUCUGGGGUUAUACGCACAAAAAUGAAUUGGCUUUGGGUGUUGUUUAAAUCGUUUCUGCAUGCUCAGAUUUACUAAGAUAAGUUACGUUCACUGAAAUGGCACAUGAAAACUAAGAAAUGUGCAUAUGUAUAUUUUUUUUUUUUAUGAAAGGAGAACUAGUUUGGUUUUACAAUGCUGAUGUAAAAGCCUCACAUUGACUUCAUUAAACACAUUUUAUUGUCAUUGUAGCUUGGUAGGUCAAACCUCAUCUAGAAUAGGAUCCAUUCUGUGAACCUCAUGUGAAACAACAUCAGUCAUGAUGUCUGGAAGCAAUCCAGGAACCACCAGAGUGACUCUAGUCUAAAAUAAGAUUUACACUGACAGGUGCUGUCCAAGAAAGAAAGGCCUGUUUUAAAGUGCCACAUCUUCAAAACCGAGUGCCAGCAAGACAAUGAUGCCAAACACACACCAGAUUUUUGCAAAGUUGUUGAUGGCUACACAAACAUCUGUGGUUUCUCUACAACAUGCUUCUGGAUUUUGGUCUAAAUAGUGGAGAGGUGUGUAUUCAAGUCUGUAAGGUAUUUUGAUGAGAGAAAAUCUAAAUGGUCAAGAUGGUAAUCACCAUAUUCUUGUUUUCAAGAGUCAACAGCUGUAGCCUACGUAUGUUCUGUUUGCGUUCCAACAUUUUAAUCACUAAGACAUCAUUGUAUGAUGAUGCUGGAUGCGUUCCGACGGAGCAAGAAUCCAAAAUAUUAGAAAGUCUUAAGUCCAAGAUAAGAUAGCGUGAUUGUGGUUACAUGAUAUUUAAGCAGUGUGUAGCUCUUCCUGAAUAAAGGAGCAGAGAUU